AUGAGGAUCCGUUUGCUGCUGCUGGUUGCGGGGCUCUGCGGGGCCCAGCACAGCCCCAACACCGGGCCCGGCCGGACCUCCCUCGUGCACCUCUUCGAGUGGCGCUGGGCCGACGUCGCGCGCGAGUGCGAGCGCUACCUGGCUCCUCACGGCUUCGGCGGCGUUCAGAUUUCUCCUCCAAAUGAAAAUAUUAUCGUUACCAAUCCCUGGCAGCCUUGGUGGGAAAGAUACCAGCCCAUCAGCUACAAGCUCUGCUCCCGCUCUGGAAAUGAAACCGAGUUCAGAGACAUGGUGACCAGGUGUAACAAUGUUGGAGUACAUAUUUACGUGGAUGCAGUUAUGAACCAUAUGUGUGGAGCUAAUGCUGGGGCAGGAACCCAUGCGACUUGUGGAAGUUAUUUCAAUGCAGAGACCGAGGAUUUUCCAGCUGUAUCGUACUCUAGCCUGGACUUCAAUGAUCGUAAAUGUAAAUCUCGAAGUGGAGACAUUGAAAAUUAUCAAGACAUAUAUCAGGUCCGUAACUGCCGCUUGGUCAGCCUCUUGGACCUGGCCCUGGACAGGGACUACGUGCGCUCCAAAAUCGCGGAGUACCUGAACCGCCUCAUCGACAUCGGUGUGGCCGGCUUCCGCAUCGACGCGGCCAAGCAUAUGUGGCCUGAGGAUGUGAAGGCAACGUUGGACAAGCUGCACAACCUAAACACUACCUGGUUUUCUCCAGGGUCUAAACCUUUCAUUUACCAGGAGGUUAUUGACUUGGGUGGAGAGCCGGUCACAGGCAGCCAGUACUUUGGAAAUGGCCGAGUGACGGAGUUCAAGUACGGCGCAAAGCUGGGGACCGUGCUCCGCAAGUGGGAUGGCAAGAAGAUGUCCUACUUAAAGAACUGGGGAGAGGACUGGGGCCUUGUGCCUUCUGACAGAGCCCUGGUCUUCGUGGAUAACCACGACAACCAGCGUGGGCACGGGGCUGGUGGAGCUUCCAUUCUCACCUUCUGGGAUGCCAGGCUUUACAAAAUGGCUGUUGGUUUCAUGCUGGCUCAUCCUUAUGGAUUCACGCGGGUGAUGUCAAGCUUCCGUUGGCCAAGACAUUUUCAAAACGGAACGGAUAUUAAUGAUUGGGUGGGUCCACCUAGCUACCCAGAUGGAUCGAUCAAAAAUGUUACCAUCAAUUCAGACAACACUUGUGGGAAUGGUUGGGUCUGUGAACAUCGCUGGCAUCAAAUCCGGAACAUGGUUAUCUUCCGUAACGUGGUGGAUGGCGAGCCUUUCUCCAACUGGUGGGACAACAAGAGCAAUCAAAUUGCUUUUGGACGUGGUAAUAAAGGAUUCAUUGUCUUUAAUAACGAUGACUGGUACUUGAACGUGACUCUGCAGACCGGCCUGCCUGCUGGCACGUACUGUGAUGUCGUUUCUGGGCAAAAGCAAGGCGACUCCUGCACAGCAACUGCAGUACAUGUUGCCGCAGAUGGCACGGCUCUGUUCCUGAUUAGCAGUGAUAGAGAAGACCCAUUCAUUGCAAUUCAUGUUGAUGCUAAACUGUAA